AUGAUAGGACCUUCUGUGGCUCUAAUAGCGGUUGGCGGGUAUGCUAAAGUGGAAGUGGAAUCAAAAAUAAGACUAAUAGAGAGUUUUAACACGGCAGCUCUUCCUGGAACGUGGUAUCUAAACAGAGCUUUCGAUAAAGGAAUAUAUAAAGCUAUGAGGAAUUAUAAGACAAAUAAAACAUUAAAGAUUGAGAUUGAUACUCUACAGAUAGAUUUUAGAUGUUGUGGAAAUAAUAAAUAUACUGAUUGGUUUAAAAUCUCCUGGAUUAGAGAAGAAUACGUUAACACAGAUAGAAAAAAAACCGAAAUUCAGGUAGGAGGAUACAGAAAUGACGACGUGCCUUUUAGCUGCUGUGACUCAGCUUCUCGACGACCUUGCAUCAACCACCACGUGCAUGAUAACGAUAUGCACUACAGUUAUGACUACAGAAUGAAAACAACAAUUUAUCCCCAGGGUUGUAGAGAAUCCUUGGUGACUUUUUAUGGAAAACAGCUGAUGACCUAUACUGGAUUUGCUCUCCUGGGAACAGCAGCAUUUCAGUUGAUUGUAGUUAUCAUGACCCGGUUCCUACAGACGUCAAUAGCGCAAGCUCUUGAACUCGGUGACCCAGAAGCACCAACAAUUGGAUAUUUCUUCAAACUUACAGGUCAGUUUUAG